AUGAUGUGGGGAAACCAGACAAUGGUGACUGAGUUUGUUCUGCUGGGCCUCUAUGAAACAUGGGAAGCCCAACUUUUCAUAUUUAUCCUCUUCCUUGUCCUUUAUGUGGCUACUCUCUUCAGCAACAUUCUUAUUUCCUCAGCAAUUUUCAGGGAUCACCACCUUUCAGAUUCACCCAUGUUCUUUCUGCUGGGUCAACUGGCUUUCCUGGACCUCUGCCUGUCCUCCUUUGCCAUACCAAAAUCUCUCUUUGAUUACAUUGCUCAACACCAAGCCAUCUCCUUUGAUGGCUGCAUGGCACAAAUCUUCUUCAUCCAUUUCUUUGGAGGCAGUGAGAUGCUUUUGCUGAUAGUCAUGGCCUAUGACCGGUAUGUGGCCAUCUCCCAUCCUCUCCGUUAUGCCUCACUCAUGAACCGACACCAUUGCAUGGCAUUUAUCCUUGCCUCCUGGGCUGGUGGGUUCCUCCAUGCUACUGUGCAACUGGGUUUCAUCAUUAAUGUGCCUUUUUGUGGACCCAAUCGAGUGGACAGCUUCUUCUGUGACCUCCCCUUGGUCAUCAAGUUGGCCUGCACUGACACCUACCCCCUGGAGGUCAUGAUGGUCACCAACAGUGGCAUUUUGUCACUGGUGUGUUUUAUUGGCCUGCUUCUCUCGUAUGGAUUCAUUUUCUACACAAUCCGAUCCCGGUCCUCUUCUGAAAGAACCACCAAGGCUACCUCCACAUGUACAUCUCACCUCAUUGUGGUCACUAUGUACUUUGGGCCCAUUAUGUUCAUUUACUUACGUCCAUCCACCCAGUUCAUGAUUGAUAAAAUGCUCUCUGUCUUCUAUACCUCCAUCACCCCCUUGCUGAACCCAGCUAUCUAUGCUUUGAAGAACAAGAAGAUGAAGGCUGCCAUUGGACGUCUGCUCUCAAGGUUUUCUAGGCAGGUUUCCUCUCAGGGCCAGCCCUGA